AUGCCGCGACGCCAACGUGCCUCCGAGCCUCACACCCGCGCCGCGACGCGCUUUCCUCGGGCCGCCUCCGACGCAUUUAGGCAUCACGCAUCACACAUCACCUCGCCGCCCUUGUGCAUCGUCAUUGCUACCGUGCCAGCCAGCCAGCCAGCCAGCCAUCCAGCCCAGCGGAGCCGCCGCGGUCCUGCAGCAGCAGCAGCAGCAGCAGCGGUCCCGUUCCCGGUCCCGGCCUGCAGCAGCGGUCCCACCGGCAGCAGCCAGCCACUCCUCCUCCUGUGGCAGCAGCAGCAGCAGCAGCGGUCCAGCCAGCAGCAGCAGCAGCAGCCUCGGCCCCGUCCGCGGCAGCAGCAGCUGCGGCGUUCCUGCCACCCGCCGUCGCCGUCGCCGUCGCCGUCGCCGUCCGACCCUGGUCGUCCGACCCUGGUCUUCUGUGCUUCAUGA